AUGAAGGACCACUACACAAUCCUCGUCGCGAUGUUCGCGUGCCUGGGCACCUUUCUCUAUGGAUUUGACACCGGCAUCGCGACGACCACUAUCGCUCACUUGAGCUUCGUCGAAUACAUGAAUAACCCUUCGAACGCCAUAAUAGGAUCUGUGGUGGCGACUUACAUCGCAGGUGAAGCGGUUGGCGCUAUCAUGCAGAUCCUCAUCGCCGACAAACUCGGCCGUCUCCGCUUCAUGCAAUUGCAAUGCAUCAUCGUCAGCCUUGGAUGUGCCAUUCAGACUGGUGCAGUCAACGUCGGGAUGUUCCUCGGGGGUCGCAUAAUAGCAGGAAUCGCUGUUGGGGCCCUCAGUGGCACCGUUCCUGUCUACCUCUCCGAGAUCAGCCCACCGAAGAUCCGUGGCCUCAUUGGAGGUCUCAAUGGCGUUGGGCUUGCUUUCGGCACUAUGACUUCGAAUUGGGUCGGUUUUGCCGGUGGUUUUGCUCCGUACGGCCAGGCGCAGUGGCGCGUGCCGCUUGGUCUGCAGAUUCCAUGGGGUAUUGUCCUCAUUACAGGUCUUGUCACGUUCAUGCCGAACUCUCCGCGUCAGUUGAUCCAAAGAGGUCAUGUCGAGGAAGCACGACAUGAAUUCACAAGAAUCCGGAGCGACCUCCAAUCGCAUGUUGUGCAAGAAGAAUUUGGACUCAUGAAAGCCCAGAUCGAGUUCGAGAUGCAGAGGGAAAUCCCAACAUUCAAAGAAAUCUGGAAAACGUAUCGACGUCGCGUUUUAGUCUCGGUCUCAGUCCAGAUAUUGACAAGUGUUACGGGAGUCAACGUUGUCCAGUACUAUCAAACGUCUCUGUAUCGCUCUCUCGGCAUCGACUCGAAGACGAUACUCGCCCUCGCCGCCGUUUGGGGUACCUGCGCAUUUCUCGCCACAAUAGUAUCUGUUCUCAUCUUGCCGGAUAGAUGGGGUCGCCGCAAGAUGCUUCUUGCUGGAGUCGCUUGGGUCAUUGUUAUUGAAAUCUACUGCUCUGUCAUGCAACGCUCAUUUCAGAACACAGACAAUCGCAUCGGCAAAGGCUUUGCCAUUUUGGGCAUCUACCUUUUUGCUGUGGGAUACUACAGCCUCAUCAAUCCUGUCACUUGGAUCUAUGGCGCCGAAGUCCUUCCCAUUUCCAUCAGAAGCAAGAUCAUGGGCGUCGCCGCUGCAGCACAUUACAUUGUGAACGUCGGGGUUACCCAAGCCGGCCCCAGCGCAUUCGCCACAAUCCAUGAGAACUACUACUACGUUUUCGUCGGUUGCUGCAGCGUAUUCUUCGUUAUCAUCUAUCUAUACUAUCCGGAAACCAAGCAGAAAACGUUGGAAGAAAUUGCAGCCGCAUUCGGUGAUCGUGUGGUUGAGAUUGAAGACCAUCAGGCAGCGAACAUGAUGGCUGGCACAGAAGUCAAAGGCGACGUCUCACUGGAACACUUGGAAAUGGAUGCAAAACAUAAAUCCAAAGUUUAG